GCAGCGGCACCGCAGCGCCAGGCGCCGCCGCCAGCCCCAGCCGGGCGGGGAGGAGCGGGCCGGGGCCGGGGCCGGGGCGCGGCCAGCCGAGGCGAGGCGAGGCGAGGCGGGAGCCACCGCCGCGGUGCCGGGCGGCGGGGGGUGGGGGGUGGGCCGGGCCGGGCCGGGCGCGGCGGGGAGCCGAUGCGGAGCGAUCGCGGGCGGGCGGCGGCGGCGGGAGCAGCAGCAGCAGCCAUAGCCAUGGCGGGGCCCCGCUGAAGGAGGCGGCGAAGGAGGAGGAGGAGGAGGAGAGGGGAGGAGAGGAGAAACCUCCGCAUUCCCUCCCUCCGCGCCCCGUCCCCCCGCGCGGACCGCCCGCCCGCCCGCCUACCCCCUGCAUGCCCGGCUGAGACCGCGGGGAGGACCCAGCCACCCGCGGCCCCGCCGCCCGCCCGCCCUCUCCCCGUUCAGCGCGGACAAAGGGGGAGAGCGGGGCAGCCAGAGGAGGGGAGCGCCCGUCCCCGCCGCGCGAGCAUGGCGGACCGCAGCCUGGAGAGCGUGUCCCUGCCCCUGGAGGUGAGGGCCCGGCUGGCCGAGCUGGAGCUGGAGCUCUCCGAAGGUGACAUCACACAGAAGGGAUAUGAAAAGAAGAGAUCAAAAUUAAUUGGGGCCUACCUGCCACAGCCUCCCGCAGCGAAUGGAGCUGCCGCGGUACGGUGUAGACUGCAACACAGUGAAGGAGCUGCCAGAAGAAUGCUCCGCACUGCCAACAUUGGUGUCUGUGACAUCCGGGAAGCGGCCGCUAGAGAGAGAGCAGCCAGCACAGCAGGAAACCGGCCUCUCUUUUAUUUUCGUUUUGGGGUAGACCAGGCAUUACCACAAGAACGUCGAACUCCUGUUACUCCAUCCUCUUCCUCUCGAUACCACCGUCGCAGGUCCUCAGGGUCACGGGAUGAGCGCUAUAGAUCGGAUGUCCACACAGAAGCAGUUCAGGCAGCUCUUGCUAAGCAUAAAGAAAGGAAAAUGGCAGUCCCCAUGCCCUCAAAACGGCGUUCAUUGGUGGUCCAAACAUCGAUGGAUGCCUACACACCUCCAGAUACUUCUUCUGGUUCAGAAGAUGAAGGCUCCAUACAGGGCGACUCCCAGGGAACUCCCACCUCAAGUCAGGGGAGUAUAAACAUGGAACAUUGGAUCAGUCAAGCGAUCCAUGGCUCUACCACGUCAACCACUUCCUCCUCCUCGACACAAAGUGGAGGCAGUGGUGCUGCACACAGACUAGCUGAUGUUAUGGCUCAAACGCAUAUAGAAAAUCAUUCUGCCCCUCCAGAUGUUACCACUUACACCUCAGAACACUCAAUACAAGUAGAAAGACCACAAGGAUCAACGGCACGGGUGGCACCAAAGUAUGGAAACGCUGAACUUAUGGAGACUGGUGACGGAGUACCAGUGAGCAGCAGAGUGUCAGCAAAGAUUCAGCAGCUGGUCAAUACACUAAAACGGCCCAAACGACCACCAUUACGAGAGUUCUUUGUAGAUGACUUUGAGGAAUUGUUAGAAGUUCAACAGCCAGAUCCAAACCAGCCAAAGCCAGAAGGAGCACAGAUGUUGGCUAUGCGUGGGGAACAAUUAGGUGUGGUUACAAAUUGGCCACCUUCUCUGGAAGCAGCUUUGCAGCGAUGGGGGACUAUCUCACCGAAAGCUCCUUGCCUAACCACUAUGGAUACUAAUGGAAAACCACUGUAUAUUCUGACUUACGGCAAACUUUGGACCAGAAGUAUGAAGGUUGCAUACAAUAUACUACAUAAAUUAGGCACGAAACAAGAACCAAUGGUACGACCUGGAGACAGGGUAACACUUGUAUUUCCUAACAAUGAUCCUGCUGCUUUCAUGGUAGCAUUUUACGGCUGCCUGCUUGCGGAAGUUGUCCCCGUCCCUAUUGAAGUGCCACUUACAAGAAAGGAUGCAGGAAGUCAACAAAUAGGCUUUUUGCUUGGAAGCUGUGGAGUUACUGUGGCCUUGACUAGUGAUGCAUGCCAUAAAGGACUGCCGAAAAGCCCCACAGGGGAGAUACCACAGUUUAAAGGCUGGCCAAAGCUGCUGUGGUUUGUCACAGAGUCUAAACACCUCUCCAAGCCGCCUCGUGACUGGUUCCCACACAUCAAGGAUGCAAAUAAUGACACAGCUUAUAUUGAGUAUAAAACAUGUAAAGAUGGAAGCGUGCUUGGGGUGACUGUGACAAGGAUUGCACUGCUGACGCACUGCCAAGCUCUGACCCAGGCAUGUGGAUACACAGAAGCUGAAACAAUUGUGAAUGUAUUAGAUUUCAAGAAGGAUGUUGGUUUAUGGCAUGGGAUUCUUACAAGUGUCAUGAACAUGAUGCAUGUUAUAAGUAUUCCAUACUCCUUAAUGAAAGUGAAUCCACUGUCAUGGAUACAAAAAGUCUGUCAAUACAAAGCAAAAGUUGCCUGUGUAAAAUCCAGAGACAUGCACUGGGCAUUGGUGGCACAUCGAGAUCAGAGGGACAUCAACCUUUCCUCACUGCGUAUGCUGAUAGUGGCUGAUGGUGCAAACCCAUGGUCUAUUUCUUCCUGUGAUGCGUUUCUCAAUGUCUUCCAAAGUAAAGGUCUAAGACAGGAGGUCAUUUGUCCCUGCGCUAGUUCACCGGAAGCUCUCACUGUGGCUAUUCGAAGGCCAACAGAUGACAGCAAUCAGCCACCAGGCAGAGGAGUUCUGUCCAUGCAUGGUCUCACUUACGGAGUGAUUCGAGUGGACUCUGAAGAAAAGCUUUCUGUUCUGACUGUCCAGGAUGUUGGUUUAGUGAUGCCAGGAGCUAUAAUGUGUUCAGUGAAGCCAGAUGGAAUUCCACAGCUCUGUAAAACAGAUGAAAUAGGAGAACUUUGUGUAUGUGCUAUUGCAACAGGUACAUCAUAUUAUGGACUCUCGGGCAUGACCAAAAAUACUUUUGAGGUGUUUCCUAUGACUAGUUCUGGUGGCCCCAUCACUGAAUACCCUUUUAUAAGGACCGGACUACUAGGCUUUAUAGGACCAGGUGGACUUGUCUUUGUUAUUGGCAAAAUGGAUGGUUUGAUGGUUGUCAGUGGAAGAAGACAUAAUGCUGAUGACAUUGUAGCAACAGCACUGGCCGUGGAACCAAUGAAAUUUGUCUACAGGGGAAGAAUAGCAGUGUUUUCAGUGAGCGUGCUGCACGAUGAAAGGAUAGUUAUUGUUGCUGAGCAAAGGCCAGAUUCCACAGAGGAAGACAGUUUUCAAUGGAUGAGUAGAGUUCUCCAGGCUAUUGACAGUAUUCAUCAAGUGGGAGUCUACUGCUUAGCGCUCGUACCAGCAAACACACUUCCCAAGACGCCACUGGGUGGAAUACACCUGUCAGAAACCAAACAGCUCUUCUUGGAAGGAUCGCUGCAUCCUUGUAAUGUGUUGAUGUGUCCCCACACAUGUGUAACAAACCUGCCUAAACCAAGGCAAAAACAACCAGAAAUUGGCCCUGCCUCUGUGAUGGUAGGGAACUUGGUCUCUGGAAAAAGAAUUGCACAGGCCAGUGGUAGAGAUUUGGGGCAAAUAGAAGAUAAUGACCAAGCCAGAAAGUUCCUCUUCCUCUCGGAAGUGUUACAGUGGAGAGCUCAGACCACUCCUGACCAUGUGCUUUACACUCUACUCAACUGCAGGGGAACAAUAGCCAACUCGCUAACGUGUGUCCAGCUACACAAACGAGCUGAGAAGAUAGCUGUCAUGUUGAUGGAAAGGGGACAUUUACAAGAUGGAGACCAUGUGGCUUUGGUUUACCCACCAGGAAUAGACCUGAUUGCCGCAUUUUACGGAUGCCUGUAUGCAGGCUGUGUGCCAAUAACAGUUCGACCUCCACAUCCCCAGAACAUAGCUACCACGUUACCUACAGUGAAGAUGAUUGUGGAGGUGAGCCGCUCUGCCUGCUUGAUGACUACACAAUUAAUAUGUAAAUUGUUACGGUCACGAGAGGCAGCAGCAGCAGUGGAUGUCAGAACGUGGCCUCCGGUACUAGAUACGGACGAUUUGCCAAAGAAGCGGCCUGCACAGAUCUACAAACCUUCUAACCCUGAAACGCUUGCUUACCUUGACUUCAGCGUCUCCACAACUGGCAUGCUAGCAGGGGUAAAGAUGUCUCAUGCAGCCACUAGUGCCUUUUGUCGUUCUAUUAAGCUGCAGUGUGAGCUUUAUCCCUCCAGAGAAGUUGCUAUCUGCUUGGACCCCUACUGUGGACUUGGGUUUGUCCUCUGGUGCCUCUGCAGCGUUUAUUCAGGACACCAGUCUAUUUUGAUUCCUCCCUCAGAACUGGAGACCAAUCCCGCUCUGUGGCUUCUUGCUGUGAGUCAGUACAAAGUGAGAGACACAUUUUGUUCCUAUUCGGUCAUGGAGCUUUGUACUAAGGGACUCGGUUCGCAAACAGAGUCACUGAAGGCAAGGGGACUGGACCUUUCACGUGUACGGACAUGUGUAGUAGUGGCUGAAGAACGACCUCGGAUAGCUCUUACUCAGUCAUUUUCAAAAUUAUUUAAAGACCUUGGUCUCCAUCCACGGGCUGUCAGCACAUCACUUGGCUGUAGAGUUAACCUGGCAAUAUGUUUACAGCCUCACAGGCUGGGGAAGCUGGCCGAGCAGGGAACAUCUGGACCAGAUCCCACCACAGUGUAUGUUGAUAUGAGGGCACUGAGGCAUGACAGAGUUCGUUUAGUUGAAAGAGGAUCUCCACAUAGUUUGCCCCUCAUGGAGUCAGGAAAAAUCCUCCCAGGAGUACGUAUCAUUAUUGCUAAUCCAGAAACAAAGGGACCCUUAGGAGAUUCUCAUCUUGGUGAGAUAUGGGUUCACAGCACUCACAAUGCCAGUGGAUAUUUUACCAUCUAUGGAGAUGAAUCUUUGCAAUCAGAUCAUUUCAAUUCAAGACUCAGCUUUGGAGACACACAGACUAUUUGGGCUCGAACUGGCUAUCUGGGGUUCCUGAGAAGGACAGAACUCACAGAUGCAAACGGAGAGCGCCAUGAUGCACUUUACGUUGUGGGUGCAUUAGAUGAAGCCAUGGAGUUACGAGGGAUGAGAUACCAUCCAAUCGAUAUUGAAACCUCUGUAAUUAGAGCACACAAGAGCAUCACAGAAUGUGCGGUGUUUACCUGGACAAAUUUAUUGGUCGUUGUAGUUGAGCUGGAUGGAUCGGAGCAAGAAGCUUUGGACCUGGUUCCUUUGGUGACCAACGUGGUCCUGGAGGAACACUAUCUGAUUGUAGGGGUGGUGGUGGUUGUGGACAUUGGUGUAAUUCCUAUCAACUCCCGUGGAGAGAAACAACGUAUGCACCUACGAGAUGGAUUUUUGGCAGACCAGCUAGAUCCCAUCUAUGUGGCCUACAACAUGUAGUCUUGUACCUUAAAGCUUCCAUGGACUUUACUAUAGAUGUAUAAAAUUUUUUGGUGUCCACUAAAAAAGUGCGCAGAUAAGAUGCUGACACUCAUCAGAAUGGAACUGUUUCUAUUACGACUUUUCAAAGCAGUCACGAUUGGCAGGAAAUAAAAUGUGAAAUGUUUUCUUUUACCACUAAAUUUUAGAGAAGAAGGACUAUGGGGUAAGGCCCUUCAGUGUGUUGGAAAAGCCCAUUUUAAACUUUUUUUUUUUUUGCUUAUUGGACAAUACUGCUUUUUGAGUAAAUGUGGCUCCGUAUUUUACAUUAAGUAAGCUGAAGUAGAUUUUUUUUUAUUCUGCCCUCCAAAUGGAUUCUUUUAAAACAAUUUGCAUACCAAUAGAAAUAAUUGUUUUCUUCAUUUGUUUUAAUAUGUCAUAAAAAGCUGAUGAAUACAGAUCCGUUACUAACUUAAGCCAUUUUAGAUCCCACAUCUUAGGAAACUAUGUAGUGGUACGAGGAGAAUACCCAAAGUAGCACCUUUCAAUUAGAAAUCUUGCAGCUUUCUGUCGGAGAUGCUGAAAGCCCAAAGGCCAAAGAGCCUUUGCUGUUAGCGUUAGGAUGGAAGAAAUUUAUAAAUAAGGUGUAUUUCGGCAAUGAACUUGCAAAUAUCUUUGUACUAAACUAAAAAGAUAAAAUAAGUUAACUUCUUCUGUAAUUAUGUACAAAACGUUUAAUUUAUUUUGAUCUCUUUAGAAGUAUAAAAGAGAAAAAACAUUCAAGAAUAUUAAACUCUUGAAAUGUUUGCUAAUAUAAAAACAAAGUGUUGUAUUAUCUUGAGUGGAUAGUAUCACAUCAAAUAUAUAUAUAUGAAAUAUAAAUUCACUAAUGACAAAAGAUUUUAAAGUUUAAAAUGCAGUACUUGUCACUUGCAUGGUGUCUCCCACUGUAGAUAAUCAAAUGUUACUCACAAAUUUUUUGGAAAAAAAAAAAAAGCAAUCUUGGAUUGCUAAGUACCCCUGUCGAAAAGAAUCCUCUAGAUACCAGCAAGUGGAAUUAUUGCUGCCUUUAAGGCAGUGAAUGAAUUUAAGACUAAAAAUGCACUACAAUAAUUUUCUUUUCUUUGCCAUGGAGGCAACAAUAAAUAUUCGUGCUGGCAUGUGCAUACACUUGUUAGACUUAGAAAAGGCAGGUUGAGGAAUAGCACUGUUGUCUAGCUGCAGAACUUUGUUGCACAAUUUUUUUCAUUGUUUUAGUUGGUGUUUUUAUUGCUAUAAGGAAAAGUUUUGGGGUUAUUUGCACAGAGUUAUCAAUUUGCCUCUCAGCUAGGACACGUAGCUCGGUGGCCAAUGCAUCCAGUUUACAUUUACAGGAAAUGAUUGUUUCGAUGGUCUUUAAUUUAUUCCUUACCAGAGAGGAGCGUACAGUCACUACAACCGAGUUGGCACGAAUCGUGCCUCUGCUAACUGGUCCCUAAACGCAUUAAAACACCAGAGGAACCGAUCUGCCUGUUUAAAGAACGGAGGAGUCCCGCGGUCUCGGACCUGAGGCCAUCACGGGAGAAGAGUAGGAAAACAUGCAUCACAGCUGCCUUCAUUUUACUACCUUUGGAUAAAAGAGAGGUUUGAUUCCCCAGUUCUGUUGUCUUCCCUGCACCCCGUGCCCCUUUUUUUGAAACCUUCCCCUUCCUUCAUGUGGUUGUAACUGAACUGACCUGUUUGUGAUCAAGAGUGGGAUGUACCAGCUGCAGUCCAAGAAUGCUUUUCUUAUUGUCCCAAAUGACGUUCAUGUGCUGGCUCUCAUUACCGGAUAUGCAUGACUAAGAUUGUUGCAGGGCAAAUGUAACCAUGUUUAUAUCGCGUAUAAGGGAGUCUCGAUGCUGGGUGUUUAAAAUCUUUUUAAAAGGUAGGGACGUUUUAGUCUGCAUGUACAGUACAGAGCAUCGUGUCACGUCAGACGCGUUUUUCUUUCAGGCCAUCCUUUCCGCCUUCACUGUCCUGUGAAUAGCCCCGUUCAUGCUCUGCAGACCAAUCCUAUAUUUUGUCAAAUUCAUUUUCUGCUCCCUAAAGAGAAUAAAAUCUGUUCUUAACGGCAAGUUGUUGUAAGGUUUCAGACAAGAUGUUGAUUGAUUACAAACAUAAUUGCAGUGUGUGAACUAACUUGUGAAGUCCUGCUAUCGCUGAUCUCAGUACUGCAAAACAAAUCUCGCUGUCGUUCAAACCAUCACUUUAACCUUCACGAAGUCAACUUUGCAUUUGUAGAGAAUAAAAGACCUGCAAUGCAGUUGUGAAACGCAGUUAAUAACAGCUCUCUUCUGCAACCUGUCAUCCGUGGUUGUUAAAUCCUGAGUUAAGAGAAAUGAGAAACUGAAUUUCUGGUUUUGUUGUGCAAGCAAAAGGAAGGAAACAUUUAAGCACCAUCAGACUGAGCAAUAAAGAAGGAUUGUUCUGUAUUAGAAGUUGUACUGUAGAUAAACCAUUCAUGAGAAUGUAUAAAAUGUUUGUCUUGUGACCUUGUGCUUUUGGAGUCAGACAAAACCAUGUAAUCAACUUGAUGCACAUGCACAAAAAAAGAGGGUACACAAUGAACAUUUAAACACAAAACUAAUCAAACAGGAGCAGAUUCCUCAUGGUGCUUGUUUAUUAUAUAUAUUUAAUCCUGCUUGACACUUUACCCAAGGGAAGACUGUCCCUUUUAUCAGUUGAAUGUUAGCAGCGUUAUUUCAUAGAGUGUGGUGACUGGUUAGAGAAAUUCAUGUAACUCAGCCAAUCACAGUUUCAAACAAAAAUUUUUAUGUGCAAAGGACAGCAACCUUCUUGUAUGUUAAACCACCAGUACGCUUUGUACAUCUGUGAUAACGCCUGUUUUAUAUUCAAAUGAACAAAUAAAAGCUUUUAUUUUUGUUGCUCUGAAAAUAUCAGUUUCUUAAUUAGUCAUCUAAAAUGGAGCUUCCGAGAGCUGCGGACGCUCAGUGGAGGAACAUGGAGAGCUAUACUGUAAUUUUAUUUUGUUUACCUCUCUUGUUGCAUAAUUUAUUAGUACGAAUCAUACUUUUAACAAUGUUUAAAUACUGGUGUGGGCAUUUAUUGCUGAAAGACUUUCAUAUGGCAACAAAUGUUUUUUGUGAAAUGUUUUUUUAAUUCUUUUUAAUAUAUUCAAAUAUACUGUUCACAUUUUUGCUGAAAGUGUAAAGAUUAUUGUAAGCUUGGUAACAUUUUGUGAGAAGCAAUAACAAGCAUUAGUACUGUAAAA